GCAUGCAUUGUUAUGUUGAUUUGGUAGAUCAAAUACUUUUGUUGGAUAUGACACGAUGAGGUAUUAUUUUCAUGUAUGUUUGUGAUACUCAUUCAUCUCAAAGUAGCUAUCAUAACAAUCACUAUCCUAUUUUAUCAGAGCAGCAGUCUUGUGGAAAUAAAAUUAUCAUUUUUCCUACACCUGCUACUACAACAACGUCUUCUCUUAACCACCAAACUAAUAAAAACACAUCGCACCAUGCAUAUUCAAUCCGUACUCAACUUGGACGCAUUGCUUUUACCAUUGGCAACUACUUUUACCGGAAAAAACCAAAUCAAGGCCACUCAAAACCUGUUGUGCAAAACAGACCUUAUCUAACUUGCUUUUGGAGAAAGAGGAGGCAUUUCCUAUGGUGCUUUCGACCGAUAGGAUCCAACGCAACGGAUAUUUCUAAGAAAGAAAAUGACUUGAUUUGGACACCAUUUGAACAAAAGAACCAAAUAUUUUUAACACAUCAAUAUGAUCAAAUGCGUGUGGCUCCAGUAGAAGAUUGUAGUAGAAUUCAAGAUAAGCAUAUUUUUGGGGGUCAAGCUGUAGUUACUGUCAUGUUUAAAGAAGGUAUUGCGUUUGCAUUAGACCCAGAAUGGCCUGAGCCAAUGACAUUUGAGAUUACUUGUUUACCUAAAUUAAAUUGGCUUCAAAGAUUUCGAGCCAGGCAUCAUUAUGUACAACAACAGCAAUAAUGUUAGUAAGCCAAUGUUAUUUGUAAUAAUGUAACAAUAAUUAAAAAAAAAGUGGUAUGAUCACUGAUAAUCAGGGUCGUGUGUGGAGCUUAAAAAAAAGGGGAACAUUCGGAUAGACAAGCAGCAUAAAGAUUGACAGUUUUGUUGUUUAAAUCUUAAAGUCGAAUUUAUAAAGGAAAACAAAACAAUAAAAGGAUCAUUUUGGUG